AUGGCCUACAUCGAGCCACGCCUCAUCCACCUGCUGAACGAUGCGACCACGCCGCAGCUCGCUCACGCUGAUCUCCCGCCUCUUCGCCUGGCCUUCUCCCGCCCCUCCGAGCGACCUUUUCCCCUCGAGCCUGACACGAGCCAUCGCGAAGACCAGUCCAACGGGCCGUCCCUCGCCACCAGCCAUGGGGCCCUACCACCCAAUGCUGGAAUCAUCGAUGACGGCUUCUUGGUACGGGAAUCGAGAAAGGAUGAUGAUUUCGCGUUGGAUAGGGUAACGGUUAACGGCUCUACCACUACGCACUUACAACUACGCCUACUCCUUGGCGAAGAUCGAGACGCGACAGACUCCUCCUUCUCUCUAAGCAAAAUUCUAGACGAGGUGCCCGAUAACAGCAAAGAUGACACGGCCACGAAGAAGAGACACCGCACCAUCACUGCCAAGGACGAUUUCGUACAACUUCCACAGCCGGUCAAGAAACAAAAACCAAUUCAGCCACAGGUCAUGCCGGCUAUGCCGCCCAUCAUCAAUGGCUUACACGAACCUCCCCCCGAUGCUGCUCUCUUCCCGCCAAUUGCCUCCAACGACUUUAAUGAACCCGAGAGCAAUCAACUGAAGCCGAUACGAGACUUCGCUCCUGCGCCUGAAGAAAAAGAGACAGAGAGACUAGCUGAGACCGAGUCGACGUCGGCAAAGAAUGCAAAAGCCAAUGGUGGCAAAACCAGAAAGAAGGCCAUGAAACCGAGGAGGAAGUGGUCCGAGGCCGAGACGAAUCACUUGCUUCUUGGGGUUAAUCGCCACGGCGUCGGCAAAUGGACCGACAUCCUUGCGGAUCCCGACUUCAACUUCAACGAUCGCACUGCGGGCGACCUCAAGGAUCGAUUCCGUACCUGCUGUCCGAAUGAGCUGCGUAGGAGCAACAGUGACCCCAAGAUUGCGUCUUCCGCGGUGCCGCCAACGACCUCGACCGAGGCGAAGACGAAGGCGAAGACUGGGCUCUUGUCCGAGAACAUACUCAUUGCCCAGGAAGAGCCCAUCUUGGGGGACCAACAGAUGACGCAAGCCGAAUUGGACGCGUUCCCCAAGAUGAAGAAGAGUCGGGCUCAUCGGAAAAAGCUGGAGGACUUGGCCGAGCUGGGCAUCCACGGACCGUUCAAAAAGUCUCACAGGCGUGAACGGCGGCCUUUCACAGACCAAGAUGAUAAACAGAUACUCGAAGGACUAGACAAAUACGGGCCUGCCUGGACCAAGAUUCAGAGAGACCCACGCUUCAGUCUCUCGGGACGGCAACCAACAGAUCUCAGAGAUAGGGUGCGGAACAAAUACCCUAGUGUGUACGCAAAGAUUGAGAAAGGCUUGUUUCAACCCCAGGAUGGAAGAGGAAGUGAUAUCCUCGAGCCCACUGUCAGCAUGAGCAUCGCCAACAAUUUCCAGUCGAACAGACCGCCCCCAAUGGAGGCGACAUUGAACCGGAGCAAUUCCAAGGAGGAUUUGCCCAGAUGGCCACUAUCUGUCAUUGAUAAUGGGGAAUUGCCCGUUGUCCCUCAGGCCUUUGACUUUGGCGAAACGACAACAGCCGCGUUUAUGGGCAGCGCGGGUGAGAUGGACAUCUCUCGUCUGUUGUUGGACGACUCGCAGGUUGGAAGCUCGGCGCGGUAUGCGCCUGAUCAGACAUCUGACUCGAUGUCGCCCUGA